CGAACACAUCUCUAUCCAUUCUCUACUGUGCUGUUUCUUUUGGUCCUCAUAUCUCGGACAAAAGAGCUUUAGAUUUCAAAUUACGUCUGAGGAGAAACUUACACCGGUGUUGGGGCUAUAGUGUUCUUUGCACUUGAACGAAGUGGGAUCUGCAAAUAUAAACAGAGGAAAUAGGGAGACGAAAAGAAGCGCCAUCGACAGGGAUCUUGUUGUUUUGCGGAGGGCUUGCCGUAAGAGUCUUGGUUGAUUCUACAGAAAAUGGUAUUGACACUGCAGAAAAGACCAACCGCCUCAGACGAUAAUUUUCCCACUGUUCAGCUGUUCCUUCUUGCAAUAUGCCGCGUCGCAGAGCCAAUCGCCUUGACCUCCAUCUUCCCAUACUCAUGGGUAAUGAUCAGGGACUUCAACGUGGCUGAUGACAACAGCGCUUCUUUCUAUGCCGGAAUCCUCGUCUCUGCGUUUUCUCUCGCUGAAGCCCUUACCGGUAUGUUCUGGGGAGGUCUCUCGGACCGAGUUGGCCGCAAACCCGUCCUCAUCACCGGCUGUUUCGGCACAAUGUUGUCUCUUCUCAUCGUGGGGUUCGCCUCAAACUUCUGGGUGGCGUUACUCGGGCGGGCCCUUGGUGGGAUACUGAAUGGAAACAUUGGGGUCAUUCAAACCAUGGUCGGCGAGUUGGUCAAGAGACCCGAGCACGAACCCCGAGCCUACGCUGUCAUGCCAUUUGUAUGGUCAAUUGGUACAAUUAUCGGCCCAGCGAUUGGAGGGUUGCUUGCAAAGCCUGCCGAAGGCUUUCCCUCUUUGUUCUCCCCCAACGGCUUAUUUGGUAGAUUUCCUUACCUUUUGCCAAAUCUGGUCUGCUCCGGCCUUCUUCUCUGCAGCAUAAUUUCCAGUUGGUUCUUGCUCAACGAGACACACCCUGAUAUGCAACCCUGGAGUGUGCCAGACCAUCAUGUUCAUCCUUCUGUGGAACGCCCUCUGCUUGCAACUGCAGGAGCGACAGCCAAUGCAGGUGCAGAUUUACGUGCAGAAUCCUAUGGUACCUUCAACCAAGUCCGCCUUCACAACGAUGAGGACUGGACGGUGUGUGCAGACGGUUCAAAGCUCGAAUCUACCUCACCAAAGCAGACUAUCUUCACGUGGCGAGUGUCCAUGCUUAUCAUCGCCUUGGCUAUUUUCACAUAUCACUCGAUGACAUAUGACCAUCUGUUACCUAUCUUUUUACAGGACAAAAGUGCCAGAAGCAUUUCCAUGUUGUCGAACUCGGCUCUUAGGUUCCCAGGAGGUGUUGGUCUUUCAACACAAACCGUGGGGUUGAUCAUGUCGACCGAUGGCAUUAUUGCGCUCAUCAUCCAAAGUCUGAUUUUCCCUGUUUUGGCUCAGCGUUUGGGUGUCUGGAAGCUUUUUGUCAUCGUCACUGUUCUUCAUCCUCUUGCUUAUUUCAUGGUACCGUUCCUCAUAUUUGUCCCUGGCAAAUAUGUGAUCUACGGUAUCUAUAUGUGCUUGGUGGUUCGCAACAUUCUCUCAAUCAUCGAUUACCCCGUCCUCCUCAUCCUGAUCAAACAAGCGAGUCCAUCUGAUUCGGUUCUGGGGAAGAUCAACGGUCUUGCGGCUUCUGCUGGAGCCUUCUCACGCACAAUGGCACCUCCCAUUGCCGGCUUCCUGUACAGCACUGGCGCUAAGAUUGAUCUCACUGCUCUUGCUUGGUGGGGCAGCACUUUUGUUGCAAUCAUUGGUGCAGUGCAACUAUGCUUCAUUGAGCCAAAGAAGCAUGCCUCCGUUACAGUUCAUCCGGCGGCGCACUGUCACUACACAUCCCACGCUACAUCAGAUAAAGAGAUUGUUCAUAUAAUUGUGACAGAUGCUGAUAGUGAUGGGACUGACAGUGUCUAGUCGAAAGAUGAA